AUGUCUAGAUUCGAAGUUUGUUGUCAGAGUGGUCUGUGCCAUGGAGGUUCAGGAUCAGGUGGAGGUGAUUCGAAUACAUACCGCGGAGAACGAACACACUUUGAUGUUGCGGUGGGUUACACAGCUUGUGGAACACUUCGUUCACGUUUUGACAUGGUUGCAGCGUUGAAUGCUCCUCAGUUUCAUUCACAUAUACCAAAUGUAAACCCGAAUACGUGUUCAAGUACCAUCUGGAAGUGCUGA